AUGCCGGCCCUCUGCUUGUCUCCCGUGUUUUCAUCUUUUGGGUGCGUACGUCUCAUGUCGUAUUUGCACCGUGUUGAGGUUUUCGUCAAGGUCAGAGUGAAUGGUUCAGCCUGGCUUCUGCUAAUCUACUUUGGUCCAGGCCGUUCCCUGAAUUCCUGUCAGUUCGCUUUUCACACUAUGUGCCAAGAGCAGCAGCAGCAGCAGCAGCAACAGCAACAGCAACAGCUGCAACAGCCACAGAUGUCUGUCCCUGUCAAUCCGGGUCUGGUACCGUUUCCACCGCCCCGUCAUGAGUUAUCUGCACCCACAGCAGUUCGACCCGAGGCCAGUCACAUGCGAAAACGGCCGCUUUUCCUCUUGGACAAACAGCCUCUUGCCCCACGCGCUAUCCAGCCUCGGCCAGCUGCCAGCACGGCCUCUUACAGCAGCGAGAGCAGCGCUUCUGCGCUCCUCUCUCCGAGCUUGGAAAGUACCACGACCAAAGGUGAGCCGCCCCGGAAACGAGGCCGGCCAAGCAAAGCCGAAGCGGAGCGACGCAAGGCGGCUGCCGAGGCUCGAGGCGAAGCAUACCCUCCUCCCCGAAGCCAACCCGCCAGACGUUAUGUCUUCAGGAACUUCGUUUACACCUCAGGCGGGUCUCCGGCCCCUGGAAGUCCAAAAUCCGGAGCUACGCUAUGCACCCCCUCCUGGGAGGCCAGUCACACUCAUGGCACCUAUCGACGAUGGACGAGCAAGAGGGGCACCGACUCGUGA